GAGCUCAGGACUGUUCAGUGCCCAGAAGGGGAGGAAGAGAUGUGACUGAGGAGGAGCUGAGGAUGCUGCUUCUGUUAUUACUGCAGCCGCUCAUAUGUCUCUGCACUUAUUAAGGUGGUUCGUCUGCAGCUCUCAGGUCCUCUAGCAAUGGCGCAAAAAAGGAGAGGCCGGCCCAGUCUUCGGAACACUUCACAGGUUCAGCGUGGCGAUGUGGAUAUGGAGGAAGAUAUUUCAUUCACUCAAACACAGACUCUAACGCAGGUGCAGAGGAAUUUGGAGAAGCACUCUCCUGAGCAAGUGAACCUGAAGGUUGGGGAGCUGGUUCAGUACCUGCUGAUCAGGGACCAGAAGAAAUUGCCCAUUAAGCGUGCAGAUAUUGUAAAGCACGUGGUAAAAGACUACAAAGAUGUCUAUCCUGAAAUACUUCAUCGUGCCCAGAAGGCAUUGCUAGAUGUUUUCGGUUUCCAGCUGGAGGAAAUUGACACAAAGAGCCAUAUUUAUAUCCUUAUUAAUAAAUUGGAGCGUGUGCCAGAAGAUAGCAUGAAAGUGGAUGACAAUACAGCAAAAUUGGGCUUACUUACAGUAAUUUUGAGCCUUAUCUUCAUGAAGGGGAACAGUGUCAAAGAGGCUGUCAUCUGGGAGACCCUGCGGCGUCUGCACGUUGAUCCUGGAGAGCGACAUGAAGACUUUGGAGAUGUGAGAAAACUUGUGACAGAUGAAUUUGUAAAACAAAAAUACCUAGAAUAUAAUAAAAUCCCCCAUACAGAUCCCCCAGAGUGUGAAUUCCGCUGGGGUCCAAGAGCUUGUAAGGAAACCUCUAAAAUGAAAAUUCUGGAUUUUGUCUCAAAGAUUCAGCAAAAGGAACCCAAGUCUUGGAUUACACAAUAUAAGGAUGCACAGGAGCUCCCCAAGUCACAAGCGCCCACAGCCUCUCAGUCAGCAAGGCCCUGAGCCUUUCCCUGCCAUCACAAAAAAAAAGCACGCACACAGGUUGGCAUAUGGGGCAUUUAUUAAAACAAAGUUGAAUGCCUCCAGAGGGCACAUCGCUCCAUAGACUUAACAUACAGCGUCCAGUACAUUUACAUCUGUCUCCUAGUCCAGGUGUAUCUUUCUUUUGUUAAAUCUGUUUUAAGAUGUUCUAUAACAGUGGUCUUGAACCUGCUGACCUCCAGAUGUUGCAAAACUACAACUCCCAGCAUGCC